UCCUACGAAUUUGGUAUGAAAUUGAUAUUCAUUUUAGAUUCCACGUGUCUAUCGAAAUUUGGGAUUAAUAUUUUUAAUUCCAAAUCAUCGUGGAAUUCCAAAUCUGGACUCCCCGGGCUCUCUCGACUCUCGGCUCACUCCAAACCCUGACUCCAUAGCAGAGACUUCGAAAAUCAAGCCUAGCAAAGUGAAUAAAGAAGCUUGGCGUCGCAAAGGAAUGCACUUUCCGAAAGAAAAAAAAGUGAAUAAAUAAGCUUAGCUUUGGCUUCGGUUAACUCAUAUGUGACUCAUAGCAGAUUCGCUCUGUGGAUUCUACUUUUUCAGGAGUUUAGCAUAAUUUCGGUGUUCUUGCAGAUUGGAUACCACUGCCUGUUUUUCCCAUAACCAUUGAAGCUAAUCUGCAGUUGUUGAUGAUUUUGAAGCCUGAUAUUUCAAGUGGCGCUAGGCAUGGCACCUGAAUCACAAACUGGAGAGGUCAGUAAGAAAGGGAAGUCACCAAGAUAUUUUACAUGGACUGUUGAGAUGGAUCGUAUAUUGUCAGCUGUGUUAAUAGAUCAGCUAAACUUGGGAAACCGUCUCAAUGGUAAAUUGGCGUGGAAACAGGUUGCUUGGACUGCUGCUAUUAGUGCUUUGAAAGAGCAGCUCGAUAUUGAUGUCACAAAACAAAACAUUCAAUCCCGUCUAAAAACUUGGAACAAACAUUAUACUAUUAUAAGUGACAUGCUCUCCAAAUCAGGUUUUUCUUGGGAUUAUGCCAGAGGAAUGAUACAUGUUAGUGAAAAAUCAGUUUGGAAUGCUUGGAUAAAGGAACAUCCUGAAGCUGCACCGUAUCGGGAGAAAAUCUCAAUAGAGAACUGGGAGGACAUAUGUACUCUCUUUACACAAGACCAUGGAAUUAGAGAGGGUGCUCAAAAUUUGUCGGAAUCAUACGGGAAUGAUGGGUCGGAUGACCAUGCUACUAACAUUUUUGAAGACCGCCUACUUAGAAGAUCUUCAUCCUCUUCAGAUUCAGAGUCUAGAAAAAGAAAACAACGCAGUUCAGAUGCACUACAUGCAGUUUUGGGACGUAUGGUUGACUGCUUCGAGAAAUUUUUGUCUGAACCUCCAAAGGCAAGUACCAAGAUGGUGUUGGAAAAAGUCUCUAAGGUUCCAGAUUUGGACCGAACACAACUCUUAUUGGCAGUAGAUCUAUUUAGGCAUGAUCAAAUAAAGUUUGAGACAUUUUGCGACCUUCCUGAUAAUUUGAAAAGACAUUGGAUAAUGAUACAUUUGAAUCGUUGACUUUGUUUGGGUUGUUUCUUCCGGACUUCUAUAGAAUGGUUAUGUAAUCUUUGUCCCUGCUGGUGCCAGAACAUUCCUCUGUGUUUGCAUUCACAUUUUAAUUUGAUUGUUGACCAACUUUAGAAUC